AGCAGACUACAAAUGCUGUUCUCAGUAUUUCCCAGUACAUGACAUGUGCUCAAGCCGCUAAGCUGUCUUGUGCGAAGUUUUUUUUGUUGAUGUUGGUAACGAUUCCAAAAUAGAAUUUUAUAAUGCUUUUAACAUUAGGACGUGACUAUCGUGCUUUGCAGCAACAAAUAAAAAAUUGCCAUAUUUUUCUGAACAGCUACAAAUGGCUGACAGAUUCAUUUGUACUUGAUUUCUUUUCUGAAAACCAUUGGGCUAAACUACCUUCCUCAUGGGCUCACACUCUAGAUUUACUUUCUCUCGAAGAAAUGGGCAAAUCUAUUCUAUGCCCAGAUGGAUUCCCUAGUACAAGCCAAUUAGUUCUUCCACUAUCUUUGUUAGCCUUCAAAGCUACUGCAAAAAGCUUGGCAUUGGAGAGGACAGCAAUUACCAGUUUAGAACAAGUUAUCAGUUAUUUAAGGGAGCUGGGAUUCAAGAACGCUACUCAGCAGAGUGGUGUUUGGGUCAACCCUAGCAGUGAAUGCAAGCCAACAGGAGCACUUGGAAGUUUAACUCAGGUUUUCCAUAGGCAAGUAAAGCCGAAAAAGCAACAUGAACUUUAUAGGAUGGGUCAGUGUUGUGCAGCAAUAUCCCAAGUAACUAAUUGCAAAACUGUGGUAGAUGUUGGAGCUGGUGUGGGACAUUUAUCCAGGUUUUUGAGUUAUGGAUAUGGGCUUGACCUAAUAUGUUUGGAGUGUAUAGAGACAUUUGGUUCAGCUGCAAUCAAGCUAGAUGGUAAAUUAGAAGAAGCUUGUGUGAAACUGGGGAUUACAAAUAUCACAACUCCAAAACACAUCACUUUGACGUUGAAUCCCAACACAAGCAAUUUGGUGGAAUUACUCAAUUCUCAUGGACUCACCCAAAUCAGUGCCUGCGGAUUGGUUGGCCUGCACACGUGUGGCGAUUUAGGACCCACACUCAUUCGAAAUUUUGCCAUUGAUCCUGGAAUAAAAUUCAUCCUUGCCAUCGGUUGCUGCUACAUGAAAAUGUCUCUUGACCGAAAAUCUCCGGUUAGAGGGUAUCCGAUGAGUAACUUUGUUCUAAAUCAGCUAAAGCCAUCGUUUGUUAGUUACGAAGCUCUGGAAGUCGCGUGUCAUGCGCUAGAAUCAUAUUCUGAUCGUUUAAGCGAUUUGGAAUCAAACAAACUAAAAGUUCAUUGCUACCGAGCUACUUUGGAGACGUUGUUGCUCAAGUUAGAGCCUCCCCUUAAAAGGGCAGGAUUACGGGGCGUCAAGAACGCUCAUCUCAUGCCAUUCGAGGAAUAUGCUCUCAAAGCUGUUGACAAAAUGGACGUUGUCCUAGACGAAGGCGAUCUUUCGUCACAAUACAUCCAGUCAUGUUUGGAACAAUGGCAGCGUGUCGUCAUCUUUUACUCGUUAAGGCUUAUGGUGGCCCCUGUUAUUGAAACAAUUGUUCAAUUAGAUCGACUCCUAUAUCUCGCUGAACAGGGUUGGUGCGGCUGUCUCCUGCCACUGUUUGACUGUCGAUUAUCUCCAAGAAAUUUUGCUCUGCUGUGUGUCAAACCGGAACUGAAUCACUGCUGACGUCAUUUGAACUGUUCGUCACUUCCGUCAGGUCACUCCGUUCAUCAUUUCGAAUUUCCUUCCGCCUGGCAGUCAUCCCUGCAUGACCCUCACAAGAAGGCACCAUAAUGUCCUGGAAAAUAAUUUAUGACACAGAAGAUUAGCCAAUUUUCGAACUCUAAACGAGGGAAUGUUUUUACCUUUCUUUGCAAUGCUCUGCGGGCAACCAAGAUUCAGAUCAAUGGCGUCACAAUGCUGUUCUGCCAUUUUUGCGGCUUUCAAGAAGAUUUCAGUGUCAUUAGCGCAAAACUAAACAAAGGUCUAUCUUCCGCACACGAUUCAAGGUGUUCGCGACGGUAGCGUGGUUCUCGGAUGAAAAUUCCGGCGUUCAUCAUAGGCGUGUAGGCAAGUUCAGUUCCAUAUUUACGACUCAGCAAACGCCACGGCAGUUCGGAGGCAUCAACCAUUGGAGCCAAGAUACGUUUUGGCGAAUUCAAAGUCUGUCGCCAAAACUCCCACGGAGUUAAAGGAGGAGGCAUAUUUCUUAUUUCUGGUGCUACUUAAGGCGGAUCUUUUUACGGCUUUCUAGCUUUUUGGGGAAAUAGAGGUAAAACAUUCAUUUAAAAAUUGCAGUUAAUUCUUUAAAAAAUCACAGUUGUAAAAAUGCAAGAACAUCGAUUUAGGCGGGUUUCAACAAAUGCUCGACAGACGUGGAGGGCUCACGCAUUUUCGAGUUAGUCCAUGAUUCAUUGGACGCGUCUUCACUAGGCGAGGACUGGAUGGCGGAAGGCGUGGAAGGGUAAACGGAGACCAUGUUGUUGCGAGGGUGACGAAGAAGGAGACUAGAUACUCCCAUUAAACCGCUUGAUACGGUGAAGAUUGGUGAAGAUGUGUUUGACUGUUCACUACUCUGGUCACGGCAAGACGUAUAACAAGCAAAGCAAGGAAACUGACUCCACCACCGCUUUUUGGAUUUCUUCACUAGGUUGUCCAACCGUUCCACUUGAUGUACGCGUGAAAGGCACAUAAAUGAAUCAACAAGCCGCUUCCGAAUGCACUUAAAAGGAAGAAAAUCAUCGACAAGAAGGUGUACAGUAAGCUGAUUUCCACGACACACAACAGGCAAAUGAUUACACACAAGAUGCAGGCACUUGUGAUGGAUGCCACAAAAUGACUAUAAUUUCGGCUGCCAAUGCACUGAUUAAGCCACUUGCAGUGGUGGUCAAAGCCUUCAAUGCACUUGUUGCAUAGGCUGCAAUGCUUGGUUUGUGGACUAGAAAGGAUUACAUCACACCAUUGGCAUUUU